CUCAUUCUGUCCUAGCACAGGGCUGCUGCUGCUGCUGCUGCUCCGUCUCCAAACACGCUGGCACGAGACCUGCACAGCUCUCCACACUCAAGACCCCACGCUGCCCUGUACGCAUGGGACAUCUCUGACUUUGCACGGCUGGACCGUCCUCACACUAGUGGUACACCUGGAAUACUCUACCUUUGUGAAGGAGCCGGCGCUGAAUCAGAAGAAUCUACAGUGAGCAGUAUGACAUUAUCAGUAAGUCCUCCCUCUAUGCAUGUCUUCCCAUUCUGAGAGCCUGGACUGUCCUUGGGCUACCAGUGGCCCCUGUUAGGCCCUGUGAGCUGAGUGUGAUAUUAAAUGCCUGCGGCUGGCCUGAGAGUGGUGUAAGAAGGCCCAGCCUGCGUCCAGAGUGCGUCUGGCUGAUUGAGCGAGCAGCGUCCACGCCAUGCCCGUGGUGAAGGUGGAGAAGGACUCGGCGCCCGAGACCACCAUGACCGUGCCCAACCCCCAGACGGCCGAGACGGCCAAGGGCCGGCGGAGGAAGCGGCCCCUGCAGCGGGGGAAGCCCCCGUACAGCUACAUCGCCCUCAUCUCCAUGGCGAUCGCCAACUCGGCCGACCGCCGCCUCACGCUGGGCGGCAUCUACAAGUUCAUCACCGAGCGCUUCCCCUUCUACCGGGACAACUCCAAGAAGUGGCAGAACUCCAUCCGCCACAACCUGACGCUCAACGACUGCUUCAUCAAGAUCCCGCGCGAGCCCGGCCGGCCCGGCAAGGGCAACUACUGGGCCCUGGACCCCAACGCCGAGGACAUGUUCGAGAACGGCAGCUUCCUGCGCCGCCGCAAGCGCUUCAAGCGCUGCGACUUCACCACCUACUCGUCCUACGUGCACGAGCCGCCCGUCUUCGCGCCCGUGCAGCUGCGCUCGGCCUACGCCAACAGCGUCUACUCCAACGUGGGCGUGAGCCCGCCCUACGGCCAGCAGCUGCCCCCCACCUACUACCACCGCUCCUCCUCGUCUUCCCCCGGCUACGGCUCGGGCCAGUCCCGCGCUGUCUUCAGCAUCAACACCCUCAUCGGCCCGCACGGCGGCCUGGCCCAGGGCCCCGACAUGGUGCCCCAGCAGCCCUGCCGCAGCUUCAACCCUGAGGGGGCGUCCUGCAGCCUGGCCGGGCCCGGGUACCAGGGUCAGCCCUGCGGCGGCGGCGGCGGCGGCGGCGCCCCUCCUGGCCUGUCCCGCUGCUCCUCGUCCUCGGGCCACAUGGCCUUCACAUACUCGGGGCCGCCGGGUCACGGGCACGGGCCAGCGCAGGGGCUGUACCCGCAGAGCGGCGGGCAGAGCUACGGGCCGUCGGGCAGGCUGGCGAUGGCGGGGUCGUCGCCCAUGGCGGCCGACCCGGUCGGGGAUCCGUACGGCAGGGCCUCUCCGGGUCAGCUGAGCUCUUUUGCGCAGUACAACAAUGGCGGGACGGGAGGCUACUUACGGCCACCCACGUACUCGGGUAACAUGGACAGAUUUGUGUCUGCUAUUUGACAACACACACCGCAACACGCGCAUGACCUCUGAGACGGCAUUCAUUACUGGACAUUUGAGGCCAAUGUCUUCCUGAACUGUUCAUCCAAGACAAUGAAUAUUUAAGGAUAAGGUUGUUUGCAUUUGUAUGUUUUAAUUCAUUGUUUGUGGUGAAAAUGUGACCGUAUGCAUUCUAAAUGUCUUUUUCCCUGAAUUUAAGUCACGGUGAGGAGAUGAAUACAGCAGCACAAUAAAGUUCUCUAACCUAGACAUAGACAUGAGAUAAUUCUGGAGUGACUGUAUAAUUUUCACAGAAACAGGGAUUUAAAUUUAGUGGUGAUCUGAUUAAAUUAGGAAUCCUAAGAUCAGUAAAUAGGUUAUUGUACAUGUAUUUGUGAUCAACAGUUUUCAUGAAAUGUGUGCAUUAUGUAUAGUUUUUGCUGUUGAAUUGUUGUAAAUUGUUGCUGUUGUAAAUUAUUUGUCUGCAUAAAAUAUUUUUUGAAGACAAGA